GCAGAGAACUUCUGGCCACACUUGCAUGUGAGUUCCGAGCCUUGGAGAAGCCGUAAAGGAAUCAAAGCCAUCGUCAUGGAGUUCGUGAUGAAACAGGCCCUGGGAGGGGCCACAAAAGACAUGGGGAAGAUGCUUGGGGGUGACGAGGAGAAGGACCCCGAUGCAGCCAAGAAGGAAGAGGAGCGCCAAGAGGCCCUGAGGCAGGAGGAAGAGGAGCGCAAGGCCAAGUACGCCAAGAUGGAGGCUGAGCGUGAGGCCAUGCGUCAGGGCAUCCGAGACAAGUACGGCAUCAAGAAGAAGGAGGAGCGCGAGGCCGAGGCCCAGGCCGCCAUGGAGGCCAAUUCGGAGGGCAGCCUGACGAGGCCCAAGAAGGCCAUCCCGCCGGGCUGUGGGGAUGAGCCGGAGGAAGAGGACGAGAGCAUCCUGGACACGGUCAUCAAGUACCUGCCCGGGCCGCUGCAGGACAUGUUCAAGAAGUAACAACCCUGCGCUGGACGGCAGCCCGCCCGAGCCCGGAGCCCCACCCCUCCCCGCCCCCUCGCCUACCUACCCCUGUACAUGCCCUCCGCGGAGGCCCCUUGAAGGGAUGUCGGGAGCAGAGUGCAGCCCCCCAACGCCAAUAUAAGCCAUAGUCCUAGAUCUGUCAGCCCUAUGCCCCCCUCAUACCUCGGGAGCCUGCGCGCACCUCUCACCCCCACCCCUCUCCCCGCACUGCCAUCGCCACCGCCACCGGCGGAGGGGUCCCCGCCCCUCCCCAGGGCCCCUGCGGUCUGUGCUGCAGGCCCCGGGGACCAGCCCACGUGCUCCUCUGGGUUGGACCCUCCCCCAGAGCCUGGGACGUCCCUUACUGCUCCCGCCCUUCACACCCACCCAGCAGUGCCCGAGGCCAGGGCCACCGAAAGGGCCAGCAUCUUGAUCACCCCUCGGUGCGCCGUCCCUGCGUUCGUGGCGCUUGUCCGGUCCCAAACUCAGGAG